UUAUCAAUCUACAUUCACCAACCAUGGCCGAUAAGCAACCCCAUUUGAAUGGUGCUUAUUACGGUCCCGCCAUUCCCACAGCGGAACCACCACGCUACCGCCCUCAACGCGAAAGAGGCUGCUGUUGCUGCCUCUUCGGAAUCUUGUGGAAGAUUCUGGUUGUACUCAUCGUUCUCGUUGGCCUCGCAAUCCUCAUAUUCUGGCUGGUUGUUCAACCCCGCUCCUUCAAGUUCCAUGUCACGGAAGCCGACCUAACCCAAUUCGAGUACAACGCCGACAACAGCACCCUCGACUACAACAUGGUCCUGAACUUCACCGCACGCAACCCCAACAAAAAACUGAACAUCUACUACGACAAAGUGGAAGCAUUGGCAUUCUACAAGGAUGCCCGAUUCUCCAAUGACGAUGUGAUAACGCACAUGAACUCGUUCAGGCAGUACACGAAGAGCAGCAACCCCAUGAGCGCUGUUUUCUCAGGCCAGCAGGUGGUGACACUAAACAAUGAACAAGUAUCUCAGUUGAACGAACACAAGAGUGAAGGCGUUUACGAAUUCUAUGUUAGGCUCAACUUCAGGAUUCGAUACAGACUUGGUGAUGUUAUCUCUGGUGACUUCAAACCCAAGGCCAAAUGUCAUAUCAAGGUUCCAUUCGCUAACAGUGCCUCUCAACCUUUUCAGACUACCAAGUGCGACAUCGAUUACUAGAUUACAUCUUCCAUUUCUUCCAUUCAUUUUCGUUUUUUCUUUCUUUACCAUUAUUUUAUAUUUUAAUGUAUACGUUUUCUUGAAAUCAUAUUCAUGUAGAUACUUCUACAGAAUUGUCUCA